UCUUUCAAGGAUUAGUUUUUGUAGUUUGAGUUCAAAGGAUGAUGGGGAAUUAUAGUGAGUUUGAAGAAGAAUGUUUCUUUGAUAGCCGUGGAGAGAUUUCUUCUGUUUCUGAUUUGGGUUCUGAUUGCAACGAGACGUGUGUUCAUAAUUGGGGUGACGAGUGUGUUUUAGGAUAUGACUUUUGGAAUAAGGAUCCAGAAAGUGUUGAUGAACGGCGUGAUAGAUUUUUGAAGUGGAUAGGUUCGAGUUCAAGUUGGGACAGACCUGAUGGGAAAGAACAGGGUGGUGUUACUACUCAUUACAGAAGGAUGAGUGUUGAUAGAAUUAGGGAUGGCGGUGAAACUGUGCUGGCAAAUUCAGAUUCUCAAGAAAGCUGUUUCUCAGGUCGGUCCUCUCAAUCUUUCCACUCUAAUGAAGCUUUGGAGUUGGAUGAGGAUGGUGCAGCAGAAGUAAGAUUGCAUUGGAAAAUUAGGAAUUUGGACAACGGAGUAGAGUUUGUUGUGGAUGAAUUUAGUCAGGAAGGUAUGCUUAGCCAAGUACGGGAAGUAGGUUCAAACAAGUUGUUCACUGCUGAAGAGUUCCAUAGAACUCUUGGGCCAUCGCCCUUGGUUCAGAAAUAUCUGCGGAGAGCGCCGGAUGGAAUUGAUACAGUUGAUGCUAAGACAAAAACUAAAAGAAGUUGGCUUCAAAAGCUAACUGUUGCAACUCAUAAUAAGGUGAAGUCAAUGGGGGACAAAGUGAAGGGCAAGGAAUCCAAUUUAAAGACAGGUACUAACAUUCAGAGAGUUCGGGUCCACACAUGUGGUAAGGAGUCAAAAGAACUGUCCUCACUUUACACAGGGCAAGAGUUCCUAGCACAUGAGGGCUCAAUUUCAACAAUGAAGUUUAGUCCUUGUGGCCAGUAUCUAGCAAGUGCUGGCAAAGAUGGCACGGUGCGCAUGUGGAGGGUGAUUGCAGAUGAAAUUCCAAACAACCUGAAUGCACAUGAUGGUGACUCCUCUUGUUUAUACUUCUCACUGACUCCUAUGUCCAAAUUAGCUUCUCUGAAUGACAACAAAGAGAAAAUUAGUGUGUCAAAAAUGAUGAGGAAAUCACCAGAAUCAGCUUGUGUCGUUCUCCCACCGAAGAUUUUCCGGAUAUUGGAGAAACCAUUGCAUGAGUUCCAUGGACACAGGGGUGAGGUCUUGGCCCUUUCAUGGUCCAGAAAUGGGUAUCUGCUGUCAUCUUCAGUUGAUAAAACAGCUCGUCUCUGGAAAGUGGGGCAAGAUCAAUGCCUUGGCGUUUAUUCACAUAAUAACUAUGUCACUUGUGUAGAAUUCAAUCCAACAGAUGAUAACCUUUUCAUUAGUGGUUCAAUAGAUGGGAAAAUACGUCUCUGGGAGGUGCAUGGUUGCCGAGUAAUCGAUUGGACUGAUGUAAAAGAAAUAGUGACUGCUGUUUGUUAUUGUCCUGAUGGAAAGGGGGGCGUUGUGGGAUCCAUGGAUGGCAAUUGUCGUUUUUAUGAUGUAAUAGGUAAUCAAUUGCAGAUGGGCUCACAAGUAUGCCUGCCAGGAAAGAAGAAGCUUGCUCGCAAGAGAAUAACUGGAUUUCAGUACUGCCCGAGCGACUCUAGCAAAGUCAUGGUAACUUCUGCUGACUCGCAAGUUAGAAUACUUUGUAGAUCCAAUAUCAUCUGCAAAUUCAAAGGAAUUCGAAAUUCAGGGAACCAAUUUCCUGCAUCUUUCACCUCAGACGGGAAACACAUUCUCGCAGUUACUGAGGAUUCAAAUGUACAUAUCUGGAACUACGCUGACCAAGGCCGGAGAACAAACAAACUGAAAAAAGUCCGGUCAUCAGAGAGUUUCUUUUCUAACAAUGCAUCAGUUGCCAUACCUUGGUCCGGCUUCAACACAAAUCCAGGAACGCUACCUAGAAGUAUUUUAGAAAACGGAAAUGUCAACAGGAACUCACUGCCAAGGACCUCCGAUUGUUUCUCCCUAGGGCGUACAUUUUUGGUAGACUCUCUUUCUAAGGGCUCCGCGACAUGGCCAGAGGAGAAACUGCCUAAUUCUUCGAGUCCAGUAACCGUCUUCCCUUCAGUAUGCAAGUCUGAGUACAAGUUCUUGAAAAAUGCUUGGCAAGGUGCAUUGAGCUCUCCUCAUCUGUGGGGUCUUGUGGUUGUUACUGCUGGAUUGGAUGGAUGUAUUAGAACAUUUCUCAACUAUGGAUUACCAAUUCGUUUUUGAAAUCUUUAUUUGUUUGUAAAUUAUGAUCAUAUUCUCUUUGCUUUGUUACCAAAGUGGUUCAAAGGUAAAGAGAUCCUACUGUUUAUAGUAUAGGAUUGGAAGUGACAUCUAUUGGUCACUUUCAUACAUAUAUAUAUAUUCUUUUAUUUGUUUGAAUUAAAUGUGAUAAGUAU